AGCAAUUUGCAGAGGAGGCGUCAGAUGUUUAACAGGAAAGCUUUGGUUCCUUUUGUUAAAUUGGAUUACUGUCUCUUCUGUAGCAAAUUUCAAGUGCGGCUCAGUAAACAAGCGUGCAACUUUUAAAGAAAAAUUAGAUUACAGGAGCAGCCAUGGUUUCAUGGAUCGUAGCUUCAGCGAUAGCCAUAGCCUUGUAUAUUUUAAUCUACUACAAUUUCCUGAAGGGGGUUCCAUGUCGGAGUGACACCUCGCUGAAAGGAAAGACGGCGAUAGUCACAGGUGCAAACACGGGCUUGGGGAAGGCCACGGCGCUCGAUCUUGCUCGCCGAGGUGCCCGGGUAAUACUGGCUUGCAGGAGCAAAGAGCGAGCGGAGCCGGCGGUCUUCGACAUCAGGAAGAAGAGCGGCAACAACCAGGUGAUCUAUAUGUACCUUGAUCUUGCGAGUCUUAAAUCGGUGAGGGCUUUUGCAGAGACCUUUCUACGAUCAGAGCCCCAGUUAAACUUGCUCAUCAAUAAUGCAGGCACUGGAUCCGGUGGCCAGACAGUUGAUGGAUUCACCAUGGCUUGGGGAGUAAACCAUUUGGGCCACUUCCUUCUCACUAACCUGCUGCUGGAGCGGCUGAAACAGUGCGCCCCGAGCCGCAUUGUUGUCCUCUCCUCUUUGACUUACUGCAUAAGCAGAAUAGAUUUCAGUAACUUGAACAUUGCUGGUGGAGGCUUUUUCAGACAAUUCCAGAAUUACAGCCUCAGCAAGCUCUGCAACAUACUCUUUGCCAGGGAACUUGCCAAUCGUCUGGAGGGAACAAAUGUCACAAGCUACGCUGUGCAUCCAGGUUUUGUGUUCACUGAUGCAUUUCGUGACGUCAGACUCUUGAUUAAAUUAGUGUUCGUCCCUGUUGCUUUCCUUUUCUUUCGAACUCCAAUGGAUGGGGCUCAGACGACCAUUUACUGCGCUGUGCAAGAAGGGAUUGAGAAAUUCAGUGGCAGGUGUUUUGCUGAUUGUAAGGUUCAUAAGGUCUUUCCUCAUGCACGUGAUGACGCAGUGGCCAGGAAACUCUGGGAAGUCAGUGAAAGGAUGGCCGGACUCUGCAAACAUUAACAGAGGAAGAAACCGCAGCUAAUUUCUAAACUCUUGUGAGCAACUUUAUAAAAUUUAUAUGUGAAAACAACUGAAUAUUUGCAGCUUUCUUUCAGUUUUAUAACUGGUCUUUAAGUUGUAAUACUAACUAAAUUAAAAGCACGGUCAGUUUUCAAGUCAUGCAGCAUUUAUAGAGAGGAACAAAAAAUCGUUGUUUCGUAUGGAGACCCUUCAUCAGGUGGCCUGACAUAUCAGCUGUUUAUUUCCCUCCUUAGAUGCUGCCUGACUUGCUGAGUUCCUCUAGAAUGUUGUGUGUGUUGCUCAGGAUUUCCAGUGUCUACAGAAUCUGUUGUGUCGAUCAGUUCUCAAACUAUUUUUCAGAAAGUCCACUCUCCCCUUUCUCUUUAAUCUGCAGACAGCAAACUGCACUGACGGACUUUGGGGCAAUCCAACCUGGAAAAUACACAAACUCUGGAAUGAAAACUUAAAAUUUAAAAACAUUAAAUACUAUCAAUUCUUCAUUCAUUGUAAGCGCUCUAAGCUAAUUAGAUUUUUAAAAUAUUUUUUAAUGACAUAAGUGUAGGUCAUUCAAUCCAUUGAGUUGAUGUCAGCUCUCGGAACGAUCCCAUUCACUCACCUCUCUGUUCCACAAGGACAACACAGUGGGGCUGUCGACUUUCAGCUACAGCGAUCCAAGUCUCAUCCUGACCUUCAUUGUAAGCUCUGUCACGUUUACACAUUCUUCCUCUGUGUGGGUUUCCUUCCACAUCUCAAAGACGUGGGCUAGGAGCAUAUUUGGCUCUUUGUACAUUAUUCAGAGGAUGUGGAUGAAUGGUAGAUGGGAAUGUAGAGAGAACAAAAUGGGAAACGUAUAAUGGAGUACUUGAUGGUCAACGUGGACUCUGAGUCAAAGACCCGUUUUAUAUCGUAUGACUCUCAUUACAUCUCAUUCAGUUUGACAGACCAGUGUAGCGCCUUCUCAUAUAGGAGUAUAAUUUCUAGGUUGGUGUUCGUUACAUCUCAGUCGGUUUGACAGACCAGUGUAGCACCUUCACAUAUAGGAGUAUAAUUUCUAGGUUGGUGUUCAUUACAUCUCAGUCGGUUUGACAGACCAGUGUAGCACCUUCACAUAUAGGACUAUAAUUUCUAGGUUGGUGUUCGUUACAUCUCAGUAGGUUUGACAGACCAGUGUAGCACCUUCUCGUAUAGGAGUAUAAUUUCUAGGUUGGUGUUCGUUACAUCUCAGUCGGUUUGACAGACCAGUGUAGCACCUUCUCGUAUAGGAGUAUAAUUUCUAGGUUGGUGUUCGUUACAUCUCAGUCGGUUUGACAGACCAGUGUAGCACCUUCACAUAUAGGAGUAUAAUUUCUAGGUUGGUGUUCAGGAUCUGUGUACAUUCAAAUUAUUCCGUCUGGGAAAUGUAUGCUGCUUAUUUUGCUUGUGGCAGUUUAAGCAGCUAUGCUGAUUUAUCUUUUUCUGACUUCACACUUUCCAUUUGAAGAUUUUCAGUCCAGACGUGUGGGUCGUCAACCUCUUGUCAGCUAGGCCAUUCUCUCUAAUGGUGUCAUUUUCAUGAGUAGAAUUUAGACAACUCCUCAUCAUUCUAGUAAGGGCACUAAAUGAUACUGGAAGUUGAGGCUUUUGUCCGACGGAACCAAUGUCAGCACUGUCAUUCUCCACCACCCUCCCCUCCAUUCCCUUCCCACUCCCCGCAUGGAAAUCUAAAGACCAUUGGUCCUAUGGGGCAAGACAGCCCCCUGUGAGAACAGUGCAAUCAAACUCAGCCCUGUGCCCUUUCCCCAUUCCUGUGCUUUUAUUUUUCUCGUUCAAACUCCACAAAUGAAUCUAUCUCCACAAAUGAAGUCUAGGUUGCUAACCUCUGAUUUGGAUAAAUAGAUUUUCCUUGUGCUGCCUUGUGUCCUUAUAAAACCUCUGCCAGCAGCUUUUCCUUGUGAUCAGUUUCCUUCGUUGGCCACUCGCCCUUCAAAACUAGGGUACGUGAACGUUGCAAUCUUUUGACAUUGCAAUGACCUGUUUCAAUAUCAGUCUCUGAGCGUGUGGUAAAUAGAUGUCACCGGGGCCUGCUGGAUUUAGCAGCACUCAGUGAAUAUUUGGAGAAGUUUCUGAUGAUCAGCAGUGAGGAUUUCCCUGGAAAGCCCAGAAUCCCAUGCUCUGACUCAUAUUAUUGUAAUUCUAUAGAAUAGAGAAGGAGUCCUUCUGGCCCAUCGAGUGUCUCCUAGUUUGCAGAGCAAUACCAUCUCCCCAACUAAUAUUAGAUUCAUCACCCAUACUCCACAACUCUUUCCUCGAGUUCUACCACUCACUAGGGGCAAUUAACAGCAGUCAAUUAAUCUGCCUCCCAACACACCUUUGUGGAUAUGGGAAGAAACUGGAGGAAAUGCACACCUUGGCUGAUAAUUGCAAAUUCCACACAGAUAGCACAGGAUUGAACUCAGCUUCCUGGAAUUGUGUGCAGGAUGUCAUAUCCGGCAUGAUUUAUAAAAAAUGCAAAGCAAAGGCCUUAAUCGAUUUACAAAGUAAUAGCAUUUAUCUUUAUUCAAUUGCUGAUAAAUUGAUGUGACUAGAUCAUGUAUUUACUUAAAUAAGGUAUAAACUUAAAUAAGGCAUUACAGUUUUCAUAUUCUAAAUAUUCAGUGAUUAAAAUAACUUUUAAAUUACGUUACAAAAUAAAAUGGUUUUCUGUUGA